UAUCAGUGGAUACUGUACUUCAACUAAUACAGCACAUACAGUAUAUUCAUACACACACUUUUUAUUGAUAUUGUACUGAUUAACAACCAGAACUCGUAAAUGAAAGAAUCUGCAAAAGGCGUAUCUGAAAGAUUGGAACCAUGUGUUUGCAAUACACAUACUGUGGUAUACUUACUGGCAUCAUAUUUAUUCUCUUGGAAAUUAGUUGUUGCUUUUUAUCGCCAAAUAUCACAGAGCCGCCUAAAAAUAGUUUUUGGGAAGUAAAGCUGAAGGCAGCAAUUGACCUGCAAUGCAGCGCUACAGUUGGCGUAAUAUCCGAAGAUAUUGUGGAAAUGUACUGGCUAAUAGAUGGAAACUUCACAUACAACUAUCAGAAUAUGCGAGAAGGGAACAUGACCAAUGUAACCAGAGGAGAAUUACUUUAUUUAAAUUCAGUCCUUCACAUUCUUGAAGUUCUGCCAGAAAAUUAUAAUAUUCCGAUAAAAUGUAUUGUCUCAAGUACAAGUGGAGGUGAUACAUCAACUCUGUACCUUACAUCCUCAGGGUAUGUAAAGGAGAUGUCAUUCUUUUUGUUUUUGUUCCUUUUUUUGUUUAUGCUGAUAUAUUAAACUGAAAAUUAUGGAA